GGAAACAUGUCAUUGUUCAGCGCUGUGACUGAGUGACAGCAAUGGAGGUGAAACUGAAGCUUGCCAUCUUUAUGUUGUUAAUACAAGUUUCACUUGCAGUUUUGCAACGAGUAACCGUGAGGAAGGGUCAGACUGUAAGCUUAGCCUGCCCCCUUGUAAAUGGACCCAGGCACCAUAUUGAAUGGAAGAACCCUGAUGGUUAUAUUAUGUUCUUCAAUGACAAUAAGGGUAAAUACAUUUUAAAGGACAUGCGUUACAGCAUAAGCAACCUAACCAAAUCGGAAUCCACCGUGAGUAUUUCCAAGGUCUCUUUCAAAGACGGGGGCAACUACACAUGCUGCCAAUAUGGCAGCCAUGUCAUAGAAAAAAAAGUGGAGUUGACGGUGUUAGGUGUCCCAAAAAUGAGAGUAACAAAGCACAGAGGGAGAUUUGUUGUACAUUGUACUGCUGAAGGGAACCAUCAUCCUCCUCAGAUCUCUUGGAAAUUGGAUUAUGGACCUGAGUUUCUGGGUAAUGCCCAAGUCGGAUAUGUCGGUAAAAAGUAUGUUUCCACGGAUAUGGUACAAUUUCAGUCAGUAGAUACCAGAAUUGCGGUGAAAUGCAUCGUUCGCCAUCCUUUUCUGCCUUUCGAACAACUGAUGAACUUUGUCAAAAUUGGCCGAAACUCACCAAGAUCAACCACAACAACAAAUCAAACCGUAUGGAAUACAACUAGCAUACCAGUGGAUUCCAGUGACCCAGAUAUGUAUACAGGAAAUAGGCAAACUUCACCAUUACUUGUCUUCUUGGUGACAAGCCUAAUUGUUGCUCUUGUGGCGGUGAUUAUUUUUUUUAUCCUGAAGUUACGGAGAGCACAUGUCCUAUGGAUAAAAGAAAAUGAAGACUCAGAUCCUUCAGAAGAGAGUGGGAAAUCAAAAUCAAGACCAGAGGAGGUAUCCCAGGGUCAUAAUCGAAGAGGUUUCUUCAGCACAGUUUUUACGCAAUAUUCUCUUGAAACAAGCAUGCCUUCAAGAGGACCUUCAGUUGAGGUGACAGGACACACUUCGGCCAAAUGUGACAUGAAGGAGACAGAGCUUUAACCAUGGACUACUAGCACAACUUUUAUAACUGAUGGAUGACAAAUAUAUAAGUGAAGUGAAGUGUAUUGUACUGUUUCCAUACUUAGUGUUUACACUGAAAAUGAAGA